AUGUGCGCCGCGGUGGGCUCAGUGGCGACUGCGGACGGGUCGGCCUGCACUGUUGCUGGUCUCAUAGUUGAUGAAGCUUCAGUGCUUGUUAACAAUGUGUCUGUAGGACAGACGCAGAGCGAGUCUACAGAGGCCACAUUGGGGUUUUUUGACUCCAAUGAUACUGAAGCUUCUCACACGGAAGCAGAUCUACUCACUCGAAGCCAUUAA